AUGUGGGGCAGUAGCAAUGCCCCCCCCCGCCGCCGCCCCCCCCUCCUCGACCUCCAGCCCCAGCUGCCGCCCGAGACGCUGCGAGCGCAACUGCUGCUGCCCCACGGCCACUGCCGCCCCCUGGUGCUGCUGGAGCCCCCCGCGAAGAGGCGCCGGAGCCCCGCUGAGCUGCUGCGCGCCCCGACCUGCGGUUGGCUCCCCCCGGAGCUGGAGCCGCUGUGGAGCCGCUGCGCCCGCCCGGGGCCCCCCGUGGCCCCGCCCCCCCCGGAGAUCCCCAGCGAGGUCGAGGUGCCGCGUGAGGCGCUGGAGCCCAGCAUCCCGGCGCUGCCCGUCUCGGAGAUCUCCCUGGAGGUGACGGAGGAGGAGCUGCGGCCCCGGCUGCCCCCCCCCGAGGAGCGGCGCCCCCCGGCGCCUCCCGCCCCCCCGGCGCUGCCCGAGGUCCCCGAGGGGCCCGAACCCGAACUGCCGCCCGGCCCCGCCCCCAGCAUGGCCGACCUGCGCAGGCAGGUGCUGGCGGAGCUCUCCCGCACCGGGGGGGCAGCUCUGACCUCGCUGCUGCCCCCCGGCGCCGCCCGGGACCUCGUCAGCCGCCUCUUCGCCCUGCUGCUGGAGCUCUGCGGCGCCCGGGUCGUGCGGCUGGAGCAGGCCCGGCCCUACGGCCCCAUCGCCGUGGGGCUGGGCCCCCGCUUCCCCCACCCGGCGCCGCGCUGAGGGGCGGGGCUGCCCCACGGACGCCCCACGGACGCCCCACGGACACGCCAAGCCCGGACCCACGGAUACGCCAAGCUCAGCCCCACGGACACGUCAAUCGCAGCCCCAUAGAUACGUCAAUCCCGGCCCCACGGACGCGCCAGGAUCGGCCUCACGGACACGUCAGUCCCAGCCCCAUAGAUACGUCAAUCCCGGCCCCAUGGAGGCCCCACGGACAGGUCAGUCCCAGCCCCACAGCGACGCCAUGGACACGUCAAUCCCGGCCCCAUAGAAACGUCAAUCGCAGCCCCAUGGAUGCGUCAAUCCUGGCCCCACGGACACGUCAGUCCCAGCCCCACGGCGACGCCAUGGACACGUCAAUCCCAGCCCCAUAGAUACGUCAGUCGCAGCCCCAUGGAUGCGUCAAUCCUGGCCCCAUGGAGGCCCCACGGACAGGUCAGUCCCAGCCCCACAGAUGCACCAGGAUCGGCCCCACGGACACGUCAAUCCCGGCCCCACGGCGACUCCAUGGACACGUCAAUCCCGGCCCCACGGAUACAUCAGUCCCAGCCCCACGGAAGCCCCACAGACAUGUCAGUCCCGGCCCCAUAGAUACGUCAAUCCCGGCCCCAUGGAGACACCACGGACACGUCACUCCCGGCCCCACGGACGCGUCAGUCCCGGCCCCACGGACAGGCAAGCGACACCCCCGGCCGCUCCGCGACCCCUUUAUUGCCCCGGCGCCGCGGCGACCUCGCGCUGACGUCAGGAGCCUCCCGGCGACGGGGCGGUGACGGUGUCCUGCCGGCAACAGCGUGACGUCACCGCUGGCCCCGCCCCCCCCGGUGACAUCAGCCGUCACCGGGAGGACCAAGGACCCGACCCGGGGAGGGCGCGUGGGGGGGGUUGGGGGCCUCCGGUUGUACUUUGGGGCUGUUCCCGGGGCGUCCGGUUGUGCUUUGGGGGCGCAAAGCUGUACUUCACGGGUGUU